AUGGCAACGACAAUCGAUUUAGGGCCCCUGGGCCAGCAGACUCUCCCUUCAACCCUGCUCAUAGGCAUUGGAGCGCUCACGCUUGCCUCAGUCGCCUUUACAGUGACCAGAGUGUUUUUGAGCACGUUCAUUUUGCCAGGGAAAUCUCUGUCCUCGUACGGCGGGAAAGGUACAUGGGUGGUUGUGACCGGCGCAUCCGACGGCAUUGGAAAGGAAUACGCUCUACAAUUGGCAAAGAAGGGCUUCAGUCUCAUCCUCGUCUCCCGGACGGCGUCCAAGCUCGAAUCUCUCUCAACCCAGAUCAAGACCGCUUCUCCAAACGUCUCGGUGGAAACUUUGGCCAUGGAUUUUGCGCAAAACCUGGAUAAGGACUAUGCAUCGCUGGCAUCGCUGGUACAGGGCAAACGUGUGGCCAUCUUGAUCAACAACGUAGGCCAGAGUCACAGUAUUCCUGUGCCUUUUGCCGAGACUCCCCUGCCUGAAAUGACAAAUAUCAUCAAUAUCAAUUGCCUGGGCACGCUACGGGCGACCCAGACGGUGCUCCCGAGCAUGCUACCACAAAAGAAAGGGCUGAUCUUGACAAUGGGAUCCUUUGGCGGGUUGACGCCCACGCCGUUGUUGGCUACAUAUUCGGGUUCAAAGGCAUUUCUUCAACAAUGGUCCAACGCCCUCGCCUCGGAGCUGGCCCCGAGUGGCAUUGACGUCUUCUUUGUCCAUUCGUACCUGGUCACGUCCUCCAUGUCCAAGAUUCGCCGAGCAAACUGGCAGGUGCCCACAGAAAAGGCGUUUGUGGGAUCUGCGUUGGCCAAGAUCGGCCGGAGAGGUGGGAGCAUUGGCUACCCCUACAGCGGAAGCCCGUACUGGAGCCACGCCCUGGUCGCGGCACUGAUCACGGGCGUACUGGGUCCGAUGAAUAGCAUCUUACUUGGGAUCAAUAAGAAGAUGCACGUGGAUAUCCGGAGGAGAGCAUUAAAGAAGGCGGAGCGAGAGGCACAGAAAGGCAAGAAGGCUGCAUGA